AUGGCUGAGUAUGAAGCAUGUAUCGCUGGUCUAAGAAAAGCCAUAAUCCUCAACAAAAAGAAGUUACGAGUCUUUGGAGACGCACAACUCAUCAUCAAUCAGACGAAUGGCAAUUGGAAGACCAAUGACGAAAAACUGAUCCCUUAUCACGUCUAUCUGGAAAAUCUAACUAAAGAAUUUGAAGAGAUCACAUUCACUUACAUGCCUCGAGUCAUGAACCAAUUCACGGACGCCUUGGCUACCCUUGCCUCAAUGAUGGAAAUCCCAAAAGGAGUUACUGAAUGGGAACUCACCAUUGAACUCCAGGAAGAACCCGUGUUCUGCCUACAGAUCGACGAAGCUGAAACCUCUCCAAAUGAUCAGUUGUGGUGCACAUACAUCAAGGAAUAUCUCGAGCAUCAAAAGUACCGAGAAGGAGAGACGUCAACUGAUCGUCGCACCAUCCAACGGCUAGCGGCCAGUUCACAAUCACCGGAGGCAUCCUCUACAAGCGAUCCUUCAAUCAAGUCAUUCUCCGUUGCAUAG